AUGGCUUCGGAUUUUGCCAUGGCGGAGAUGCAGGGGGGAUUUUCGGGGCUCAAACAGCGAAUGGGGCCUGGUUUGACAUUGAUUUCGAAGUGGAGUGAAAUUGAGUCAUGGAAGCAGCUCAAGGAACUUGCCAAUUCAGCUCAACACAGAGCCAUUGAAAGGAAGACUACCCAAUCGAAGUCUGUUCGUGGUGUUCUUGGACUAGACCUGGAGAAAGUCAAAGCCAUUCAGAACAAAAUUGAUGAAUUUACCAACCAUUUGUCGGAUCUGCUGCGUGUAGAAAGGGAUGCAGAAUUAGAAUUUAGUCAAUUUACACAGGAGGAGCUGAAUGCUAUUCUUUGA